ACAUUUCAUAAUGACAUUUCAAUAAUAUAUACAUACUUUGAUAACCAAAUAAUAUCCCACCUUCAGCGUGGCUGAAUGAAGUUUGAAGCUCAUGUCAGGGUAAAUGCAUCCGGGGAAGGCCUUGGAUACUUUGCCAGAUGCUCCACACUCAAAAUAGCUGUCUGGAGAACUGUGUCAGGUAUCGGAAGUCUGGAAGGCAAUUGUUUCUGCUGGGUCUGGACAUGCAUUAGACAUGUGCUUCAACACAUGCACUCCACCAUGUGUGGAAAUGUACCAGGCCCCUCCUCACCCUGUCGCUCCAGAUUGACCUCUCAAAAUGGAUUCAUCCUUUUUUCACACUCCUUUAAUGGAACAUUUAAAAAAAAAAAAGCACAGACAGAUCACCACAUAAUCUCUUUCUAAAGUCUCUUUAUUAUAUCGUUACAUAUUUUCAACUUUCUCAACAUUUCUCAUUAGUCAAUUGUCUAGCUAAACAACUACAUCUAUUCAAUAGAGAUAUACUUGUGACCUUGACCCAUUUUAUCUCAUGAUUUGCUUCACACAAUUCCUGUGCAGGGUCAGAUGAGUGGUCUUAACAGUCUGUGCAUUAGAAUCACGUGACACUUUAGGUUUACAUUUCAUCUUCAAGUUUUUAUUAAUUUGUCUUCUGUUCUUGUUCAGAAUAAUUUAUGCUGGUAGUUUUGUUUGAAUUAAUGUAUGCGUCCCCUCUCUUUGUUGAAUUGACAAAGCGCAUAAGUGAAGAAUAAAAAUUGCAAUGUCGUAAUGAUUAUGAUAUCCCCAACUACCAGUAUUUUAGAGCAGAUACUCUACAUAUACAUAUGUAUUUUAUUUUACACAUAUAUAUUAGACUGGUGUUUAAAUAUAACACAGCUCUGUACUAUGUACCAUCCAGCUUUAAAUAGGACUAGUAUCAAGAAGGAGGCGUGCUUGAUUUAAAAGUGUAUGGACUGGCUGACUCAGUGACCCAAUUCCUUUCUCAACAGGAGACUGCUUCCCAGAGUGAUUUAGCACAGGUCUGGUUUUGGGAGCCCUGAGUGUGUCCUAUAAGUAAUACCCUUAUACACAUUGAAUCAAAAUAACAGUGGCGGCCAAUAUAAUAGGCUAUACAAUAAUACUCUGAAUAAAAGCAACAAUCAGCAGCUCUUCCUUGAAAAAGUCACAAACACUUUUUCUCAAAAAUAAGUACUGUAGGCCUAUUAACUAUUUCUUUAGAAUGGACAUCAACUUGAAAGUGUGCUUAACUUAUAAUACUUCCCUGGUACUUUACAUUGGGAAUUGUCCAUGUUUCUAGAAUCCAGUAAUUUAUAUUAAUUCCCAUUCAUAAAAUCAGACUUAUGUAAUAUUUAAUUGAACAGUUACAAAAAAUUCACUGUUUUCUAUGUGAUGUAAUCCACUAACCCAUUCCCCUUAUAAACCUCUGGCUUCCUUAAUCAAUGCUAUGCCAUCUUGAUCCUAACCCACAUGACAGUGCUGUGACAGACACGCGUGUUAGCGGCCUGACCCUAACCCUUUAAAACCUCUGUUUUUGAGAUGGAGCAGAUUCAGAUUUCAAAGCGGACUGGCAGUAGCCUAGAGCUGUCCUGAGAUACAAGACACUUAUCAAAAUGCAGAUGAAGACCUGGUUGGUGGCAUCUGUUGUGUUCCUGGGAAUCACGAUGGUGGUGAUGGACCCGAUGCAGGCUCAGUGUAAAGUCAUAUGGCUCUUCGGGACACCCUGCCGAGAGGUGUCUGUGACCCUAGUGAACCAGAUUAAAGCCUGGAAGUCAAAGGACAACUGUGAAACUGGUGGAGAGAGGUGCCUGUAUGAGCUGCAGUUCGCCUCUACAUUCUUCAUCAAAGCUUUGCACACCUCCCGUCUGACCCAGAACGUGGAGGAGCUGAGUUUCACCCUUUACCCUUCAGAGACCUCCAGCGCAUGCAGAGUUGUGGGUGUAUCAGUCUCUGAGAACUGGUCCAUGCUUGAUGAUAAUGGAACCAACUACUGCACCCUUUCCAACCUAAUAGAUGGAAGUGGACUGACCAAGGUUGAAGGUUUUAAAGAGUACACUAAUGAGUGGAUCUGUCUAGAACAUUCCACUGCAAACUGCAGCAUCUACUAAUCAAACAGAUGGUCUUCAAUCUAUCUAAACAGAUUAUUUCAUAACUCACAUAUUCAAUAAACAUAUUGCACAUAGACUAAUAAGUCAUAUAGCUGUAUAAACCCUUGUGCACUACUUCAAUGAUCUCAUUGAGUUGUUUUAUUAAUUACCUUAGUGAGUUUAUGUUUUAGGUUUCUUUACAUAAUAGAGUAUAUUCCAAUAAAUUAAGGUUGCCAUAAAUAAACACAUCAUUUUAAAUGAUUAUAUUUCUUUGACAUAUAGUGAUUGUAUCUUUCUAAGUGAACUAUGUGAAUACAAAUUAAACAUCCUCCUUCAAGAUUUAGAUAGCACAAUACCUCAUAGUUUCUUAUGCCUGUCUGAGGAAACAGUCGGGUAGGUUUGUUGUUCUAUUUUGUUAUAUUUCAUGCCUUACACUUUGUAAUUAUUUUAUAUAAAUUCCUGAGAUUAUUUGUAAAGUCGGCACAUUUUUAUUGAAAAAUG